UUAACUUUCCAAAGGAAAUCAUAGACUGGGACAAAGAGGCCAAGGAACACUACGUGGAACUCUCCAAUAGAGGAACACAGACUGUCCACCAAGUUCGGGGUAUGAUUGUAGGAUGUGCCGGAGCCGGGAAGACUACGCUUCUAAAACGCCUACUUGGGCGUUCUACUGAAGAGAUCCUGAACGUGAAACCAACGAUAGGGUUGGACGUUCAUGAGGAAAUAUUUGAAAUUAGUAAUGGAAAAUUAAAAGAGAGUCUUCGUGCUGACAAUCUCAAGAUCUUUGACAAAUUCAAUGGAAACGAGAUAAACGAAAGUGCCAUCAAGACUGUAACUUUUUUUGACUUUGGAGGACAAUGUGCGUACUAUGCCUGCCAUCAGAUUUAUCUUACACGAAGAGCCUUUUAUGUUUUGGUCUUAGACGCUUCAAAAAAUCUAAAGCAGGUUGUCGAUGAAAGAGUGUGUGAUCAAAAGGGGACUGUAUUUUCUGGAUGGACAUAUGGAGAUUAUUUCCUAUUCUGGUUGAACUCUAUCCACACAUACUGCUUUAUAAAGGGUGGAAAAGGGAGACAUGUAGAUGUUGUAAUUGUGGCGUCACACUGGGACGAAAAAAUCUACAAGGACAAAGCCGACUUGCUGAAAUCUCUCGGGGAUGCACUUCCAGGUGAUUCAAAUCUUUCUCAAUAUAUCAGAGAAGACAGAUGUUUCCACGUACAACUUUUGUCUGAUCCAAUAGGAAAAAUAGAGAAAAUUCUUGUAGAAAUAGCAGACCUGGAUAUAUUGGAAGAAGACAUCCCACAUGAAUGGUUGUUUUUUGAUUAUGAAUUAGGGUUAAAUAAGGAGAAAAGGCAUAUUCUUCCUUUUGAAGAAAUUACUGAAAAAAUGUCGUUUAUGGAGGAACAGAGAAAGGAAAAAGUGGAGGGAAUGUUGCGGUAUUACCAUGACGCCGGGAAAAUACUAUAUUUCAACGAAGAGGGGCUCAGUAAAAAUGUCAUUAUUGAUGUCCAGUGGUUUGUAGAUGCAUUCAAAAUCAUCAUUACUGACCGAAACCACGUCAAAGGAAUUAUUGCCACUAUGAAUGAUUGGAAUGAAUACAACGAUACUGGAUAUUUGAAGAAAUCCCUUCUAUGCGAAAUUUGGAAAAAAGAAGAUGAAAAUUUGUUUAAAAAUUUCGAUAGAAAGGAACACGCAGCCGACAUCCAAUUUGAUCAGGAUUCACGAUUUCUUUUGUAUCACACAGAAGAAUUGUUGUCAUAUAUGCAAAAGCUUGGAUUAUUGUUCAUCGGAUCGAGUUCUCUGUAUGUUCCAUGCAUGAAUAAAAGGAGUUUUGGAGAACGGAGAGAGAAGUUAGGGGCAAUUGAUUCCAGAACAUCAAUUUUAGUUUUCUCUUUCGAAUUCUUCCCGUUCUUUAUUUUCUGCCGACUUAUAGUAAAAUUGACACAGAUUAAAAAUUGGACGGUCCUUAGAGAUGGAGGCAAAAGCUGCUUAUACAAUAAUGCAGCCAUUUUUAUAUUCAAAGAGCAUUAUAUCUCAGUAGCAAUGUCAUCAUCCACAAUUCAGCUUCAGAUCUUUAAGUCUGAUUCUCAAGUUUUGAAGGAUGUUACAAUUUUAAUCAAAAAGGAAAUCGAAAACGAAAUCAUGCAACUUUCUCAAACUUUUUACAAGCAACUGAAACACAAAGUAGGAUAUUCAUGUAAGGAUCACAAAAAACAGAUUCUGGGUUAUGAAGUCACAGAUGACUUUUUGGAACAGACAAUGCUGCGACCUAAAAAACGAAUGACUUGUCCCCAACAUCGCAUAGAAAGACUGCAUGCAAUCAAUCCAAAUGACCUUAUGUUAUUUUGGAAAUAGAGAACAGAACUUUCUUCCAAAAGAUACAUCAUAGGUGCACAUUUCUACAGUUUUACAUUGUACAUGCUUAUGAACCGUGGAAAACAAUGGUUAAAAUUAUAUG